GUCUGAGCCACAGAGAUGGGCAAGAUCCAGAGCAACGAGAGGGUGAUCCUCAACGUCGGGGGCACCCGCCACGAGACCUACCGCAGCACCCUCAAGACCCUGCCCGGAACUCGCCUGGCCCUGCUCGCCGCCUCCGAGCCCCAGGGCGACCGCCUGACCGCGGCGGGCGACAAGCUGCAGCCGUCGCCCCCUCCGCUGUCCCCGCCGCCGCUGGCGCCCCCGCUGUCCCCCGGCCCUGGCGGCUGCUUCGAGGGCGGCGCCGGCAACUGCGGCCCCCACGGCGGCGGCGGCGGCGACCACCCCGCGGGCGGCCGCGAGUUCUUCUUCGACCGGCACCCGGGCGUCUUCGCCUACGUGCUCAACUACUACCGCACCGGCAAGCUGCACUGCCCCGCCGACGUGUGCGGGCCGCUCUUCGAGGAGGAGCUGGCCUUCUGGGGCAUCGACGAGACCGACGUGGAGCCCUGCUGCUGGAUGACCUACCGGCAGCACCGCGACGCCGAGGAGGCCCUGGACAUCUUCGAGACCCCCGACCUCAUCGGAGGCAGCGCGGACGACGACGAGGACCUGGCGGCCAAGAGGCUGGGCAUCGAGGACGCGGCGGGGCUGGGGGGCCCCGACGGCAAGUCCGGCCGCUGGAGGAGGCUGCAGCCGCGCAUGUGGGCCCUCUUCGAAGACCCCUACUCGUCCAGGGCAGCCAGGUUUAUUGCUUUUGCUUCUCUAUUUUUCAUCCUGGUUUCAAUCACAACUUUCUGCCUGGAGACACACGAAGCUUUCAACAUCGUUAAAAACAAGACAGAACCAGUCAUCAAUGGCACAAGUGCUGUUCUGCAGUACGAAAUCGAAACAGACCCUGCCUUGACCUACGUGGAAGGAGUGUGUGUGGUAUGGUUUACUUUUGAAUUUUUAGUCCGUAUUGUUUUUUCACCCAAUAAACUUGAAUUCAUCAAAAAUCUCCUGAACAUCAUAGACUUUGUGGCCAUCCUGCCCUUCUACUUGGAGGUGGGGCUCAGCGGGCUGUCGUCCAAAGCCGCUAAGGACGUGCUGGGCUUCCUGCGGGUGGUGAGGUUCGUGCGGAUCCUGAGGAUUUUCAAGCUCACCCGCCACUUCGUGGGCCUGAGGGUGCUCGGACACACGCUCCGAGCCAGCACCAACGAAUUUCUGCUGCUCAUCAUCUUCCUGGCUCUAGGAGUUUUGAUCUUUGCCACCAUGAUCUACUACGCUGAGCGGGUGGGCGCUCAGCCCAACGACCCCUCGGCCAGCGAGCACACGCAGUUCAAAAACAUUCCCAUCGGGUUCUGGUGGGCGGUGGUGACCAUGACGACCCUGGGGUACGGGGACAUGUACCCCCAAACGUGGUCGGGGAUGCUCGUGGGGGCCCUGUGUGCCCUGGCUGGCGUGCUGACCAUAGCCAUGCCCGUGCCUGUCAUUGUCAACAAUUUCGGAAUGUACUACUCGUUGGCGAUGGCGAAGCAGAAACUUCCAAGAAAAAGAAAGAAGCACAUCCCUCCCGCCCCCCAGGCAAGCUCGCCUCCCUUCUGCAAGACGGAUUUAAAUAUGGCCUGCAAUAGUACCCAGGCCGACGUGUGUCUGGGCAAAGACAAUCGGCUGCUGGAGCACAACAGAUCAGUGCUGCCUCUGCCCCACGGUGCCAUGCACCUCAACCUCUUUCACAAGAAGCAGUUAUUUAAGAAGAAUGGAUGCUUACAUUUCAAAGGCCUAAACACCAAACAGUGUUAUCAGGUGACGACAGUACAGGAAGUGAGCCGCCAUUAUCACCCCCAGAAAGGCUCCCCAUCAGACGCUCUAGUACCCGAGACAAAAACAGAAGAGGGGAAACAUGUUUCCUACUGACGACAGGUGAUUACACGAGUGCUUCUGAUGGAGGGAUCAGGAAAGGGAUUAGAAAUGGGCAUUCCAUUCUACAUCACCUGGAUAAUGGCAUCAAAGCCAUUAUUUAAGACUCAUCCUUUUAACCCUAUAAAGCUGGAAGAUUAAAAUGCUGGAAAAAGAGCUGUCCACUUAAACUUAAGCAUGCCUUAUGAGCUUAGUAAAUAAACAAUGAAAAGAGAAAAAUUGACUGAUUUUUCUUUUUUUCAGAAACACAUCUUGAAAUUUAAACCUAUUAGUCAAUCUUAUAUCUUACUUAAGUUGCUUUGCCUAAUUCUUGAAAGUAUUCUAGUAAAAUAUAUGCCAAAAUUAUAUUAACACUAAUCUGGGAAAGAAUGGAUUUUGAAGUAUUAUAAUUGUAAUUCAUGAUAGCUGUUUUAUUCUUUUGGGAAUGACAACUACAGUGAGCUUCCUUUUUUUUUUUAAAGUUAUAAAUUGUUUCAAUAUUGAAUUCUUUGUAAACAAAUUCUUUGAGUUUGAAAAUAGCACUUUUGAUUACCCUGUGUGGUAUUGUUUGUCUAUGUCUAUCUUCUGGUUAAAUUCAACUGAUGUCUGUGCAUUUUUUCAUAAAAGGAUAUGAAAAAUCCCGAAGCUUAAACAACAUAGCGGGCUUGGCAGGCAAUGCUCUGAGGCUCUCUCCAGUCACAUCACCCUACAACUCUCCUUGUCCUCUGAGGCGCUCUCGAUCUCCCAUCCCAUCUAUCUUGUAAACCAAACCGCAUCACUCGGCUAAAUUGUAUAAAUUCAUGUACUGUUUACCCCAUCCUGGAAAUAAUUAAACGUAGAGUUACUCCAGGUUCCAUUAAUACAGUAUAAAUCUUGCAUGGUAUUACUAUUUGAAGUCGGAAACACCACUUGGGUAGCUAAUGAAUCAUAUCCAGGCUUUAACGUUUCUCUAAAGUAGUGCUACACUUCUCUAUAUUAAUUCCCCUGCCCUCCUUUUGUAAUAAAAUGUCAUAUAGUGCCAGACAUUGGCCAGUACACUAGUACAUAAAACAUACCUUCAGGGAGAUAUAUUUAAAACAGUGUGCUUCCAAAUGCCAACCACUUCAUUGGAACUUCAUUUUUUGUGUGACUCCAUUCUGAAGAUGUCUGGGAUUCUAUCUUGAUUUCACACAACAUGACUUUGGUCAGCUCAUUUGCAUGGACUGUCUUGUCUCCAUCACCUGAAAGCAAUGUUGCCGAGCUCUGGGACUGUGGACAGCUCAGGAUACGUGUACUUGCAUCGAAUCAUCCUGCCGAUAUAAAUGCCCUGGUUUACUGUUCUGCAUGUUGAUUUGUGGGGUAGGGGUGGGGGUUGAGUUUCUUCCUUGACAUUUUUUUUCUUUAUUCUUUGAAAGAAAUAUUGUUUUAAAUAGUUUACUUUCUUGAUUGACUUACUAUUCUUUGAAAAUGAUGUAUUGGAGUUCUGAAUGUCUCUGGUUGUUUGCACACAGAUAACUGCAAAGAGGUUGUCAUUACGGGUUACACGCAAGCUGAGGCCAGAUCUCUUACUUAAUGACUUGGGGAAGGCACAAAACAUGAUGAGAGAAAGGUAACUGCCAGCCAGGCUUGCAUUGUCUAGCCAGGAAUUGCUGCUUGGUACUAGAGUCAAUUUUUUUUUUUUUUUAAUACUAGGGUUUGUCAUCAUUUUCAGAGGCAAAGCGCCAAAUAUCACCCAAAGCUCUCGUGUCUUUUUGAUCCCCUUCUUUUAUUUUUAUUUUGUGUGUGUAUGCAGACGUCAAAGGUCAUUGGUGUUCACCCAGGAGGCUUUUUUGACUAGCCUUAAAUUUCUGAAUCAAACGAUCAGUAGGAUUUUCAGGCAGUGUUUAAUCAGGUGCUUUGUCCUGUAUGUGGUUUCUGUCUGUCUGUCUUAGCUCCCCAUCCUAACUGUAUAUGCCAUCUGUCUCCAUGAAGCACAGAAAUGCCUUGAUAAGAUGUUCAUGAUUUUAGUGCUGGAUCCCUCCCAACUCUUGCCUCCUGCCUUCUUUGUGAUUUGGAGCAACCUCUCUGCUUUGUGUACAAAUUAAUGACGCCCCGUAGACUACCUAAGUUAAUCGGCACUGUGAAUCUUUUUGAUAAGCAGGACUUAAACAGCAAUUUUACCAUUGCACUUGGCUGCCUGCUGCAGUGUCUGUUUUCACUACCUAGCAACCAGCAUUCAUUACUGCACUCCAGCGAAAUCCCCAGGGAGUCUUAGUCUGAGUGGAAGAGAAGUCUGUUUCUGCAUCCCUGUGAAUGCAACAGCAAUAGUGUGUUUGGUGUAUUGAGCGUGGGAGGGAAGGAAAAUGCUAUUAUUAUAAAUGGAAGGAUAAAAAGUAUUUCUAAGGCAUUCAGGGUCCUUGAGACUGUUGAUUAAUUCCUGAUUCUCGCGUUUAUUUUUUAAAGUUAGGGAGACAAUUGUCACUUUUAUUAUUGGCCACAAAACGUGUAUUAAUUACUCUAUAUCUCCAAAUCCUGGAGCAUGACCUGCAUGUAAGAGAUCUUGUACAGCAGUGUAUUUACCCAGACAUAAAUAUCUGAUAUUUAGAGACACAGCAAUGCUUUUGAUAAGACACACAUAGAAUAUUAUAAUUACACACACAUUUAUGGUAAAGGAAUUAAUAUGCUGUCUGGUGCUGCUGUUAUUGACUACAGUGUUGUACAGACUUUAUCAUGGAUUUUUGGCUGCUGAGAAAGGGACUGUGGAAAUUAGCCAUGCCAAGGACUAAACUGGAAACAGACUUCUGCUGCUGAAUGUGCCCUGAUGUGACCGGGUUGCACUAGGAAGAGACCCCCGUGUCUUCAGGAGGCAUUGAAAGCUUAUAACAGAAAAGUGGCUGGAACUCAUCUGGUGCUCCCCAUGAGAGGUGUGCUUGUCACCCGGCCAGUAUCCAUGAAACAACUGUAAAUACCGACACACACGUGUGCAUGGGUCAGCGGCUUUGGCAUCUCACAUCAACGAAAGCCAAAUUCAUGAGCAACGUCUCUGAAGCCUCAAGCAAGGCCCAUGAUGUCUUUGAAUUUCCCCUCAUGGGCCCACAGUAGGUUGUGCUGUGAAUUACAUAAGGCAGUGAUACUGAUGUAGUGUAGGUCUGUCUUAAUUCCCUUAUUCCUAUUUUGUUGAUUGAAUCUAUGAACAUUGUAUCAUUUUCUUAUAAACCACUUGUGUUAUCAGCUUGUCAAUUAUGUUGUGAAUUUUUAGCUGUCUGUUUAUUAAAAUUGACCUGUUUUUUAGUCACAUACUCAUUUAGUUUGGGGAAAUCGUUGUGGCUUAAAUGAAACUCACCAACACUAUUCAUAGUUUAAGUCUUUUGUCAUUAUUACCUCAAUUAUAAAUACUAUACGAAUAAAAUUCUGGCAAUGAGAGUAUUUUUUUAUUAAAUGAUCAAGGCGCAAUGUCAGUAUAUAGUAGAAUAUUAAUCAAAUUAUAUCCUAAAAUGUAUAUUUUGCAUAAAAGAGAUAUUCUUCAAUCAAUUACUUUUUUGUGAGUGUGUCAAAGGAAGCUUGUAUGUCUUUAAAACUGUUGUAGUUGAAACUAUGUAAGAAUUUUUCAUCUUGCUUAAUCAAUAUUUCCAGAAUGUAUCAAUUCCCCUGGGAUUCUGAAUAUAAUAUAUAACCUAACUAUGAACCCCUGUAUUGUGGACCUUUUGUGAACAUUUCAAGGUGCAUGCACAACCUUUAAGCCACGAUGGUAAUGUAACAACUGAAAUGAAGAAUAAAAGGCUAAUGAGCUGGGGAUAAACUUGAAUCCCAUCUGAUUAAAUGAUGUGUAUAUUUUUCUUGGCUCUUUGUGUGUGUGUGUGUGUGUUGAAUUUUCAACAGACUUUACUGAU